CCGCCAUUGUCACCAUGGCAACCGCUCCCCGCCAACACACACACACAGGACGGCAAAUGGCGGCGAGCUGGCUGGCGGAGGUGAGAGAACAAGUGCACCUCUCCCAGGUUUGGCAGGAGUAUAGCAAAGAGCUGUUUGAUGUUGUGCUCCAGCAAUUAGCGGAAGGACACGUUGAUUUCUUCACUGAUUUAUCUACAUCUGAAAAAGCACUUUUUGUAGACCGAGCUGCCAAAGCAGUCAAUGGAGGAAGUAUUUAUAGAGCACUUGUUAGUCGGAUCAAUUCUGCAUUGGAGGAACAAUUUGGUAAACGACUCAGUUAUAAAAUGCAUGAAAGCAAAUCCAUGCGGACAAGGACAGAGGCAUUUGGGAGUCGUAUCCAGGAUGGCGUGGUUUCUUUAUUACAGAAGUGGCCAGACAUGAAAUCCAAAUUGCAUAUUUUGUUCAACCACAGUUUACCACCAGACUUGAGGAAGCUCACUUGGAAUCUUUAUCUGUCCAACACAAAAGUGAGAAUGGAAUAUCUUUCCUGGCUAUCUCUAAACCUUGCCCAGUCCAACACUGACAAAGCGAUAUUCCUGAAAUGUGAAUCUCUGCUGUCUUCAGAGCCAACUUUCAAAACUCUCAGUGAAACAAAAUAUGCGGCCAAGAUCAUGAGUAAUGUCCUGUCUUACUACCAGAGGAUUCAACACUCCAGCGAUUAUCUUUCAGAAGCAAACUAUCUCCUGCUGGUUCCAUUGGUACAGGUCUCCUUAGCAGCAACCACUCUCAGUGCAUUACUCAAUGUGCCUAGUACUCAGUUGGUCGAAGAAUAUGUAACAUUCAUGGAGUGGUGGAAGAGAGAACUGGUUAAUCAGAUGCCCGGCAGUUCAGCAGAUGACAAUUUGUUCGAAGGAAUGGCAAACAUGCUCGAUGAAAAGGAUAAAGAAGUGUCUGCCAUAAUUCAGAAAAUCUACACUCAGCAAGCAGGGAACCAAUCCAGGCAAGAUUUACUGAGAGGAUUACAGAGCCUUCUCAAUCCAGUGAUCAGUACUCUUUUUGUGGGAUACCUGAACAUGGAAACAUUGCUGUACGUUUGGGAUCAGCACAUCAUUGGCCUUGGUCAUCCUUCCUACAACUGUCUCCCAGCGUUCUGCCUGGCCUUUAUUCUUUUGCUACGAGAACAUUUACAAAUUUGCAAAACGCCAGGUGAUGUGGAUGCAGUUCUAAGAUCACACGCUGCUGAAUUGACAAGUUUACAGUUUCAGAAAGUGAUCAAAGAGCAUUUCUACUCAAACCUCUACAAAAGUUUAACCAAGCAGAACACUGAUGUAUUUAUGGCACUGGACUCAGACCAAGAAAAAGUUCUACCUGCAUGGACUCAUCUCUUCAGAAAUCAUUUGCCAUAUCGAUCCCAACCAAAAGAGAGGCAACAAGCCAGGGAGCAACGAGAUGCUCAGCACAUGCAGUGCUUGAAGGAGGCAAAGCUGACAAAGCUAAGAGAGGAUGAAGAACAAAGUACAAAAGAAAAGAAGCUUCAAAGUCUCCUGGAGGAGAGUCAGAGAAUUAAUCAAGAACAGAAGAUUUCAUUUGAAGAAAAACUUCGCCAGGAACGGCACCUUCAAUAUGAGAUGCAAAGAAAAGCAGAAGAACAAGUCAAUCAGUUACAAGUUGAAAUGAGGCACGUGAUGCAACAAAGACAGUUUUCCACUGAUGCUUACUCUCUGACUAGCUUUAUACCACCCCCACCAGCAUCAUUAGAAUCAACGCGUAGCAGUGGAAUCAGGAAGCCUGGACAAUCUGUCCCUCCAGAAGAUUUAAAGAUCACAACGCCCAUCUUGACUAUGAAUCAACAUCAACCUACAGGCAAAGGAGGCCAUGUCACUCUGGACAUUCUACAUUAUCUGAUGCACACCACUAAUUCAAUUGCAAAUGGUUUUGGAGAGCAAACUUUGUUGAACAAGACAACACAGGAACAACUUCAAACAUAUCAACAAGAUGUCAGAAAUGCAGAGUUUCAACUGUUUGGACACCACGUGGAUAGUGACGAACUGGAUACAAUCCAUGAACCAAAAAGAUCGGAAUUAAGCAGAAAGCUGACCGAUGCAGUCCAAAGAGGUGUGGAGACACGAUACAGAGCCCAUCUCUCACAGCAGGAAAUGUUUUCAAACACUCACAUGCUCUAACACAACCUGCUCAGCAAAUGGGCUGCCAUGUAGUGUAUAGAAAUGAACUGCAAAUGCUGAUUUGUACUGAAGAUAGGCACAAAGUGCUGGAGUAAAUCAGUGGGUCAGGCAGCAUCUCUGGAGAAAAAGAAUGGUUGACGUUUCAGGCCGGGACCUUUCUUCAAGGAACCUUCAAGAAGGGCAACCCAAGCCCAAAAUGUCAUCCAUCCUUUUUCUUCAGAGAUGCUGCCUGACCUGCUGUGUUACUCCAGCACUUUGUGUCUAUCUUUGGGCUACAAUGCAAUCUCCAUGAAUUCACAAAUUCUGAUUUCUCUGCUCAAAAGAGACUCAUUAUUCUGAAAUGUGGAGACGGGUCUGCGUUAAUUAAAUUGAAGUUCAAAUCAUAUCAUUGGCAAAACA